CUAAACGCGGCGUGAGGUGAACGCGCACCGACACAGGGCCGCGCACGUUGGUCAGAAUCAUUUAAGCGGGCACGAGUACGUGCGCGUACCCGUAUUCUUUGUGUGGCAGCAUAGAGAAGCGCCAAAAGAGUGACCAUGGCUGAUGAAAAACCGAAGGAGGGUGUCAAGACAGAAAACAACGAACACAUAAACCUGAAGGUAGCAGGACAGGAUGGAUCUGUCGUGCAGUUCAAGAUCAAAAGACACACACCGCUCAUCAAACUCAUGAAGGCUUACUGCGAGAGACAGGGACUGUCGAUGAGGCAAAUCAGGUUCAGAUUUGACGGACAGCCAAUAAAUGAGACAGACACGCCAGCACAGUUGGAAAUGGAAGAUGAGGAUACGAUCGACGUGUUCCAACAACAGACGGGGGGCCUAAUCUAACCAACCACAGCCGCCACCUUUUUGCUCCAACAUGACCGACUUUCCCAGCCCUUUAAGACCCAGCGGCUGGUUCUUUGCAACUCGUCUAACAGUCUCGACAUAAAUCUUGCAGAAGAGGUUUUAACUUCUCUGCUUCACAAAACUGCUGUAAAGAAUUUCUACUCACGCCCCUGUUACUGUUUUUUGUCUCUGUACAUAAAUUACACCCUGAAAACAUUGCUUUUUUUUUUUUUUUUUUUUCAUGCUGUGUUGUGGUAAAUUUGUAGGAGUUCCCAUCCCAGUUUGAAGGGUUUGUUAUGCAUACACCCAGAAAGAUAUUCAGGUCAGGUAUAAAUGAAAGUCUAUCUGAACUGAUUAAAUAGUUAAAUAAAGUUCUGCUAGGUUUGGUAAUGGACUAUCAAAUCUGUUAAGAUUCAGUUUUGGAACUGGUUGUCACUUAGUGAGCAGCACACCUAUUUUGGGAAAAUAACUUGGUGGCUGUUUAACUCUGUAAUCAGAAAAAAAUAUUGUAUACUUUUUAUAUUGUACUGGAUGUUUGGAAUACUCAUUUUACUUCACCACUUCAAACGUUGGGAUGGCUGAAAGGAUGUUUCAGUUAAAUAUACAUCUGUAUUGUCUAUUAAAAUACCUGUUAAAAUAAAGUUAUUGUCUUCUUUCCCCUGAA